UUGACUGAGAGAGUCUCUUUGAAGGUUGACCAGUAGUGGUGUUGUUGUAUUAUUAUUAUUUAUUUAUUUCUUUUUAAUAACUAGAAAUGGUUACACGGUUGUUAUACAGAGCCGGAACUGCGGUCUUGAAGAGAAACAGCCCAGCAAGUGUUUUUCUGGUACAAUGUUGCUACAGCAGUUUCACCACACCUUUGCCUGAGCCUAGGAUCGCAGCGAAACACCCUUUCAAAGUGCACCUGGAGGGCGGAAAACGAUAUCCAUGGUGCGCUUGUGGAUACAGCAAAAAACAGCCGUACUGCGAUGGUUCGCACAAGAAGCACGCUCCAGGGCUGUCUCCACUCAGGUUCACACUCGAGGAAGCCAAGACUGUCUGGCUGUGUGGCUGCAAGCAGACUCAGAACCCCCCAUACUGUGAUGGCACACACAAGCAAGCCUUUGUACAGGAAGCAGAGGUCCCAAGCAAUUAAACAUAUAUAUCUAUACAAGUCACAUCCUCUACUGGAACCUGUUAGCAGCAAAUACAUUAACAGCAUCGCUGAGUGCAGGUGUCACACUCAAUGACAAAGCAUUGCAAGCACAGUAGGAUCUAUAAAAACAGAUUAUGUUAAUCCAUGUUUUCUCUGUAUUUGUUUUGUUUCAUUCAGAUUUCAUAACUUGUGCGUGUUUGGUGGCUUCCUGCCAAUCGCGUUGAAAGUGUAUGGAAUCUCACGAAAGCGAAUUAGAGUGGUGCCAAACUUUUGUAAAAUUUAUCUCUGUUUUGAUCAGAAGUUAUUGGCAAACAUUUUCAGCUUAACCAUUUUUCUUUCAUUGUGUGAAUGUAUUGCUGGUAACAGCGGUUUGGUAAAAUACAAAAAAAAAAAAAAAAACAUAAAGCCAAUAUUUAAAUAAAACACAAGGUUGUUCCCUAUUGGUGCUUCCCAUUGUUAAGACAUUUUUGGCAUCCUUGUUAAUAUUGUUUGCCUCUCAUCUCUCAGGUGUGAAAAGUCUUUCAAAUUGAAUAUCCAAGUUGGCAUAAUCUAUUACUGCCAGCGUAUGACGUGACUUGUUCUUUAAAAUAAAUAUAUCUAUUAGCUAAAAAAAAUAAACAGGCUGGGGGAAUGUUUGUUUUUUGUAAUAUUUCCUUUCAGGAUUUUACAGAUUUGAAGCACAGAACAAAAGAAAAACCCACAAUGAUGUUUUUAUUUUAGGUAUACAAAAAAAAAA